ACGUCGCGCCUCGCGCGCGCGCCUGUUGUGUUCCUGCGCACGGUUACAUUUCACUACGGGUUAAAAGCGCGCUCGAGCACACACACACAAAAAGGUUGACAACGAAAGGCAAGCGGUCAGAACGGACGAUAAUAAUCAAACCGUGAAAAACAACACCAACAACGAUUUUUUUUGUUUUGCCCUCAAGCCGCGUCUCGUCGCCCGUCGUCGCUUGCGAAAAGACGCCUCGGCCCGGGGACUAUAUCGGCUCUCGACAUGGCGGCUGUGGAGUAGCCGCUCUUCACCCACCUCUUUAUCUCCUUGUUUUCAUCUCCUACCUUCUCAUUUUUCUUCUCGUUGCUCUCCUCCAGCACCCUCGUGUUCAGAGGAGGCGGCUGUCGCACGGGGCCCCGGCCAUGAGGCCCGGAGUCUGGGGCCGGGGAGGCUGAGCGGCUUUUGUCUCCUCCUCCUGCUGCUCCUCCUCCUUCGCCUUGUCGUCUUCAUCUCAAUUUCGCCUUCAUUGUCCCCUCAUCAUCUCGCUCCUCUGGGUCUUCUUCUUCUUGGUCUUCUUCUUGGUCUUGGUCGUCGUCGCAACCCCGGCCCGGAGAUGAGUGUACGGGCGCGGCCCGAGAGAGCGGUGGACAACUGAGAGAAUGGAGUCGGACGGGGAGGCCGGGACAGCGGCUCCACAGGCGGGCGGGGCGAGCGAGCGGCGCGCCCGGGGGCGGCCUAGAAAGGACGGGGUCCUCGCCACCCCCACGCAGCGCCCCGCAAAGACCCGGGGGGCUGGCAGACUCCGAGCCACGGGCGACGGCGACAGCAACGGCCGCAAUGGCACGGGGGACGUGGGGGAUGACAUGACGACGGAGGAAGCAGAUGUGAAGGAGGGCUCCAUGGCAGAGGGAGGGGAGCCCUCCCCUCCGCCCUGUCCCAGCACUGGCACGGAGGAGCCGUCACCUGGCCAGGGCCCGAGCCCCCAAGCAGAGUGCAGCAAUGACACCCUGGGCCACCGUUGCGCCUUCUGCCACUGUGGUGGGGAGAGCCUGCUGGGCCAGGGCGACCUGACAUGCUGCGGACCCACGCCCGGCUUCAUGCCGUCUUACCGCCGCUCCUCGCCCCGUGCGCGGCGCGACGAGGGCUCGGACACGGAGCGACCCGCUGCACGCACCCGCCGCUCAGACAGUGCAGGGGCUGGGGGGCUCACGGAGGUGACCCCCCCACGCUGCAAGCGCGGCAGCUUGGACACCGCAGAGUUGGCCGGUGGGGAGAAGAGCCCUCGACAGUCGGGAGUGGGGCGGGGCAACAAGCGGGAGCAGUGCAAGUCCCCGCAGCGCACGCCGCCCGGGCCUCCACAGAACGAGCUGCGUGGGGUGGGCGACCUGUGGGACGAGCUGAGCCGCGUGGGCCUUCCCGACGACGUGGACACACAGAUCCUGUUCAACACCACGGGACACUGCUGGGCCCAUCACUGCUGUGCAGCUUGGUCCGAGGGAGUGUGCAUGGCGGAGGAUGAAGCGCUGCUCAACGUGGACAAAGCUGUGCUUGUGGGUCUCACGCAGCGGUGCGCCUACUGCCGGCGCCUGGGGGCCACUAUCAAAUGCUGGGAGGAGAAGUGCCGUCAGUUCUACCACUACCCUUGUGCGGCUGGUGCUGGUACCUUCCAAGAUAUUCAAUCAUUGACGCUCCUGUGCCCAGAUCAUCUCGAGCAAGCUGUUGAGCUUGUCGGCGAAGAAGCAGAAUGCGCCAUCUGCGACAGCCCUGGAGACGUCUCAGACCAGCUGUUCUGCACCAGCUGUGGGCAGCACUAUCACGGGGCCUGCCUGGAAAUAGUGCCCACCCCUUCCAAGCGUGUUGGCUGGCAGUGCCCUGACUGCAAGAUUUGUCAGACCUGCAAGGAAUCUGGCGAUGACAGCAAGAUGCUUGUGUGCGACACCUGUGGACAAGGGCUAUCACACAUUCUGUUUGCGACCCGCCCAUGAAUAUUAUCCCUAAAAACAGCUGGAAGUGCAAGAACUGCCGUGUGUGCGAAGACUGUGGGGCCAGGAGCCCUGGGUUGAGCGUGAGUGCACAGUGGUACCAGAACUACUCGCUCUGCGAGACUUGCCACCGGCAGAGGGGCCACAGCCAGCUGUGCCUGCUCUGUGGGA